GGUUCGCAAACCCCUGUUAUUACACAGCAAGGGUCUGAAAUCCAUAGAGUUUGUCCAGGGUUACCUUGACAAGUUUUUUCCGGAGAAAGCUGUCCAUCAUAACCUGGAAGAACGAAUCAAAGCAAUGCAGGAGUUUUUCCACUUAUCUGUAACAGGAGUAAUUGAUAUAGAAACCCAAGAUGUAAUGGAUCAGCCUAGGUGUGGAGUUCCUGAUGUCCUGGGUUACAGUACAUUUCCAGGAUCUCCAAGCUGGAAUAAGGACUCAUUGACAUACAGGAUUAAUAACUACACCCCAGAUAUGCCUAGAGACCAGGUGGAGAGGGCAAUAGCAAGGGCAUUACAAGUGUGGAGUGAUGUGACUCCGCUGCGGUUCUCCAGAACAACAGGACCUGCUGAUAUAGAAAUCCAUUUUGCAUCUGGUGACCAUGGCGACUACAGCCCUUUUGACGGAGAAGGUGGAACUCUGGCCCAUGCUUAUGCCCCUGGAUCAGGCUCAGGGGGAGAUGCCCAUUUUGAUGAAGAUGAAACCUGGUCAGAAACCAACAAUGAAAUCAACCUCUUCCUUGUUGCUGCACAUGAAUUUGGCCAUUCCUUGGGAUUAGGUCAUUCAAAUGUCCGUGGUUCCUUGAUGUAUCCUACCUAUAAAUACCAAAACCCAAAUACAUUCCGCCUUCCAUCUGACGAUAGGCGAGGAAUUCAGAGAUUAUACGGAAGGAGGACAAACUGAAUCACCUCACCAAGUAUUUAAGAAGAAAUAAAAUAUUCAUAUUUUGUACUCACAUUCAUUUCAAAAGAUGUGUCUUUUAAAUAAAGGAAAACAGCAUGGAAUUUAAAAUGACAAGUUGUGGAGUUGGUUUUUUUUUAAUAAAUUAGAUUUUUAACCCA